AUGGCCUCCGAUAAUGCAAAUCGUCCCUCGCGAGACCCCGCGCCUAAGGGAAAAUCCCGCAAGACCGACCCGAACGCUCCGGUCCGCAAACGCCGCAAGAGAACCGUGGUCAGCGGAGCCCCCGACGACUGCUUUGCCUGCUCCAAACGAGGAGCACGGUGUGACCGGCGCCGACCUUAUUGCUCCCAGUGCCUCGACCUUGGCCGCGAAUGUUCCGGAUACAAGACGACGUUGACAUGGGGUGUUGGAGUCGCAAGUCGAGGGAAACUCCGGGGCCAGAAGCUUCCGGUGAUGCAAUCGGAAGGACAGUCGUCGGAAACUUCCGCGAAAUUACAACCGGACGCCUCAAGCAGCAGCGGCCCGUCUUCUUCACGGGUUCCUGGCAAUGCUUCAGGCCCGAUGCCUCCGUCAACCGGGCCCGAGAGAUCGUUUGGUACAAGCAUGCCGGGUGUGAAACAGGAAGGUAGCCCACCUAUGAUGCCAGCUGCCUUUGACAUGUCUUCAAACAUGGCUUGGACAAUGGACAUGCCAGAUCCACAAACGUGGUCGAGCACGAUUGCUCCGCCUGCGAUUUCAGGGCUUCCUUUGCCCAGUCGGCCGAUGAUUCCAAACAAUACGAGCCAAGAUAUCGCCCCGGAGACGCCAUUGCUAUAUGCCCCCAUUCAAAGCCCGAUGGCUAAUUCUGGCUCUCUGGUUUGGCCGACUGCAGCUCCAUCCUCAUCCCAGGCUGCUACUCCCCCAGCGUCACAAGACACGGAUGAGGAGGAUGUCAAAUACGAUAAUAAUUAUCAUGUGCUUUGGAACGCCGCCCAUUCUCCAUCACUUUCUCAGCUCCUCUUAGCACGAUCUGUUGGACGGACCCCGCGUAUUCGUUAUCUCAUCAGUUACUACGCCGAAGUUAUUACCCCCAUGAUUGUUGCCUUCGAUACCCCGACAAAUCCGUUCCGAACUCACAUUAUACGCUUGGCUAUGGAGAGCGAGGCUCUGCAGGAGGCGAUUGCGACGUUGGCUACGAGCAACUUGCGCCAGAGGCGAGAGCACAAUCACCUCUCCACGGAACGAACUCUGCCGGCACGUAUGUCAUCAAUGGCUCACCGCGCCCUCACCGAUGAAGAUUUCCAAGAUAGAUAUGGCAUCUCAAUGGUCGAAGGCUAUAUGAGAGAAGAAAAUCACCAUCGAGGAAUGGCCGUCAAGGCUUUAAAUGCGGAUUUGGCCGACCCUCAUCGUAGAUUGUCAGACUCCGUACUGGCGACUUUGUUAAUGCUCUGCCUUUUCCACGGCUGCGAUACUGGCGUUGCCGGAUUCCGUGCACAAUUUGCUGGAGUAACAAGACUACUUGCGAUCCGAAUGCGCCAUUCCCGUGUCAUACCAGAUGUCCUCAAAUGGUUCAUCCGCAUGUUCUCGUGGUUUGAUACAUUGACAGCAACCACAAACGACCGUGAUGUCCAACUCCGCGGAACAUGUUUGGAGAUCAGCUCCAAAACCGAUGGAGAAUGGGGUCUGGAGAACCUGGCCGGCUGUGAUGGUCGUCUGUUCAAGCUAAUUUCUCAGCUGGGACGUUUGAAUCUUCUCAGUCAGGAUCAGGAGCCCAACCUAUCUCGCCCAAAGGAUGCUGGUAUCCCCACUACAUCCCUCCCUCCUAAUAUGCUGUUCCCGGGAUGGGAAACAGUCGUGCCCAAUCCAGGAAUGGGCUCCGUACCGGAAUACGGAUUUUCUCUUCCCACGCCACCGCAAAGCAGCGACUCAUCCCGCCGUCCUGCCUCUCCAGAAUUCUGGACAGAGUGGUAUUCGCUCAGGCAGCGACUCGAAUCCUGGCGAUUCGACCCACCUGCUCAGGCCCCUCAGGCCUCUUUCCCCUCUCCGCCCUUGUCUGCGUCUACAAUGACCUGGAACGCCACUACCUAUGUGACGCCACAGACUUCCUCAUCAGCAUACCAAGUGGCACCCGAGAAUCUUCAGGACGUCUACCAGAUCUCGGAGUGCUUCCGUCAUGCUGCCCUUCUCUACUGCGAACGUCUAGCCGAGCCGACCCUUCCAUCGUCUCAUGGCCGUAUCCAGCACCUUGUCCAGCUUGCCAUGCACUGUAUCAUUACCGUGCAAUCCGACGUAUAUCUUCUCUGGCCACUGUUCAUUGUCGGCUCAGAAUGUGUCCAGGACGAUCACCGCUCGAUAAUCCGCGAUCGCUGCAAGGAUAUCUCCAAGGACUCUGGCUUUAUCAACAACCUUUCCUGCCUAGAGCUUCUGGAACAGAUCUGGGCUGAGCAUUCUGAUGAAUCUUCAUUCCCAAUUUAUCCUAGCGGGUUCGGUCCCCCGCCUCCGCUGGCUGGUGGCAGGGCACCAGCUUCAUCGCAGGCCUUCCGGUGGUCCCGUGUUAUGCAGGCCAAGCGGGGUGACGGCGAAUACAUGGUUGCAUAG